UAAAAAGAGUCAGUACUCUGUAACUAAAGCAAACUUGAAGUGAGAGAGAGACGAGAGAAGAUCUUCACACACACAUUCUGAGAACAUGAAGAUGAGUUUUGUGUUUCUGCUCCUGGGCUUCUUCCUGAUCAUGGCGCACGACUCGGGUGCUACAGUGCCUGAUCCUCAUCCUGUUUCAUGCUGUUUCAAAUUCUUCUCUGGUAAAAUUCCCCCUCAACACAUCCUGAAUAUGAAACAGACGGACCGCCAGUGUGCACAGCAGGGCUUCAUUGUUUCGACUCCUAAGUUCUCCAGACUGUGUGUUCGUGAAAAUCCCAAGAAACCAAACAGUCUUUAAUUUUGCAGCUCAAAUCAGAAAGAAUUCCAAAUAAUAUUUGUGUAACUUUUUAUGAAAAUUUGUUCUCAGGUCACAUAAUCAUUCUGUUCUCAUGCUGAAGCUUGGAUUUAUUGAACAUUGUCGUAAAUAAAAGCAAUUAUUCAAAUAAA